CCUUUUUUUUUUAACUCGAUAUCUGACUGAAAGUUCGAUUAAGAAAAAUUCACUCUAACAAUCCACUUAUGUAUAGAUCGCGUUUAAAAUCAAAGCAAAACUCUAUGUGAAUCAACCCACUGAAUGACUGAAAUUGAUAUAAGAAACCUUUUUUCUUAUUCAUAAUUGGUUAAUACCCUUUCAAACAAUUUUAAGCUCACGCAUAUCAACCACAUCCAUGAGCCAUCAUCAACUUUUGAACUAAACAUAAGAUUUCACCCUUUUUAAUUAAAUCCAAUGGCCACCAAUAACACCGCCCCGUGACGCCGAUCUUGUCUGUUGUUUAAGAAUCCUUGUGGGUCAUUUGUCCUCUAUAUCCACCAAUAACGUAUUCUCUAUUAAAUCAAAUCUUAAGGUCACUUUCAAAUCAAUAAAAAAUUAAUAGUACCCAUUUCGAUAAGAGUUAUAGAUAAAAUAACACAAAUUUUGUCUCGGGAGCUUACUUCAUUUGAUCGAAUAUUGCAUUAUAAAUAUAUGGUUAGAGAUGUUAAAGAUGAAAUUUUUAGCCACUAAAUUACUUGGAAAAAAAUAACACAAAUUUCUCUUAACUUAAUUAAGUUUUUGUUUUUUUCACCACCAAAAUUCUAUCCAAUGAAUCGCUUAAUUUAAUUUGAAAGUCAGUAAUUACAAUAAGUAAUUUCAGUCCUUCCCGAUUGCAGUUAUGGGGAUCGAACUGUGAUUUUUCCUAUCAAACUUAUCGUGAAUUACCACUAAACCAACUAAAUUUCUGAAUUCAAUUUGUUAAACAUGCAAUAGGGUUAAAACUGUUGCAAAAAAUUCAUCACACUUUUAAAUUAGUUUUCAAGGCAUUUUCAAUUGCUUGCCGAACAUAUCCGAAUAAAAAACAAAACUCAUGAGUCAAAAGCCAACCACAACUAGACAAUGACUUUUUAAUAUAAAUAAACAAAUUUUACCAACAAAUUAAUCCCACUACUCCUACCUGAAACUCAAACUCAAAUCCUAUAACUUUCUCACUCACAACUCACAAACACAAACACUUCACUAAGAACAAAAAUAACUUUGUUUUUUCUUUCUCAUUCUUACAUGGGUGAUCACAGAAAUACAACCUCAAACGCUAUUGGUCUUUGUCUCCUCCCACAAGAACUAAUCCAAAACAUUUUCCUUUCCCUUGUUUUACCCGAAAUCGUUCGUUUGAAAAUUCUCAACAAAUCUUUCUCAACCUUAAUUUCCGACCAUAGUUUCAUUCGUCAGUGUAACUCACUUUCAAAUUCCACCACAUGGCUCUUUGUCUACAAAAAACGUUGGCUCCGUGACGCUGUUCUUCAUGCUUUCACCGAUCGGAGCUCCGAUCGGUGGUUCAAGAUCCCCAUAGCGGAUCUUCUUAAACCCGUUGACUUUCACGGCGAAGAUCUUUACUUCCUCGCCGCGUCAGCCAACGUGUUUCUUUUUGCUUCCAACAACGUUCGUGAAGUUGUCGCCGUUAAUUUAGUCUCCGUUACCGUUAAAAAGAUUCCUCCUUCUCCGUUAGGUCCACGUGGCACUUCCUCGUGGAGGAGAUCAGGAAUGAAACUUGUAACUGAAACUGACGAUAACUCAUCAUCCGGGUCGGGUCAUUUUCGUUUCAUGUUUGCGGAGUUUGUCGGAAACCGACCCGUUUUGUUUGUUUAUGAUUCAGUGACUGACACGUGGAAGUCAAGGGAAGCUCAAGAAAGUGUUUUGCCACGUGGAGGUUUACACGUGUUUCUCAGUGUUGUUCAUGGACCAAGAGAGAGUGUUUUAGUUGCUGUUUCAACGCCUGAUUGUGACACUAACACACCUAUUGUUCUACGGCCAAGAUUUGAUUCUGUUGAGGGAUUGAAUUUAACCGUUGGAUUUAACUGGGGUAACUUGAUUGAUAGGUUACACGUGUACGGUGAUGGGUAUAUGAUGAUUGUGAAAUCGAAUGGUGAGAAUGGGAGAAGUGUGAGGGUGUUAAAAGGAGUUGAAUUGUGGGGGUUGAGUUUAGAUGGAAGAAAAUGGGAAUUUGUGUCUAGUGUUCCUAAUGAAGUGAUUGGUGUAAUUGAGAAGCCUUAUGGAGUAAUGAUGGGUUGUUUAGAGGAGAAAAAUGGGAUUAUUAGGGCUGCCUUAGUGUCUAAUUGUGAUGGUUUUUGGGAUAUGUUAUGGCUUUCUUUUGAUACUAAAUGGAAACGUUGGAAUUGGAUGCCACUUCCUGAUUCUAAAAUGAAGGGUUGGAAUUUGGCUGGAAUAAGUUUCUCAUCUGGACUUACUUUGCAAUGAUCCAACACUCUUAUUGGAGGUAGUUUACGGAUUUGGAUUACACGUUGUAACUGUGUGUCGUAGUAGUUGAUUGUGGCCAUCUGAUUUUAAUUUAAAAGCGGAGAUCAUUUCGUAAUAUUUUAGUGAAGAUGUAAUAUGAGCGAAUCGAUCUCAAAUCAAUGUUUGAGAUUGAUUAAUGUGUAUGAUUGCUGCAUUCUUUGACUGCAUAACAUCCAUGUCCGUAUUUAUAUGAUGUUUUUAGGUCUUUAUUAGUGUUAGGCCGGCGUGCCAAAUUGUACAUAUGUGUACUAUGAGUAAGAAAAUAUCUUAGGAUGGUAGUAAUAUGUAAAUACAUCAUAAAUAAUAGACUUACUAAAUAAAUGUCGCAAAUAGUCAAUUUAUCUUUGAA